AUGUUGCGCGUGCUGCUAAAAGCUCCUUUCUGGACUCUCCAAGUGAAUGGGAAACCAUGCGUUGAGAAAAUGCGACUCAUUGGAGCGAGCCUGCUGGCCAUCAUUCACCGCGACGAGACCUCUCCAGUAUCCACACGAGCACAACGCGACUUUCAGGUGCUAUUGGAUAUUAUGGCACGCUUGGAUUCGAAAGCGUCGGAUAUGUUGCGAAAUUCGGCUAAUACCUUGUAG